AUGAAAUAUGUCGAUUUUUUGGUGCCAGAAGAAUAUCGAGAAAUGAAAAAUCAUGGAGAAGUGUAUGUUGAUAUACGUGCAUUGCUGGUUUUGCAAGAAAUUAUAAAAGUGGAUGAGACCAAAGAAACCAUCAAAAAUAAAUGGAAAUCAACGAUUGAAAAAUAUCUUGUUACGCCUGAAUUUGAAUCUUGUUUUCAGCAAUUGAUUACAUUAUUUCCUGGAACUCUUGCCAAUAUUUUCGUGAAAAACUUUGUGGAUACCAAAAAUUUGCACAAAGCAAAUCAAAUAUUCAAAGAUCUCCAGCAGGUUUUUAUCGAAAUGUUAAAAGAGAAUGAUUGGUUGGAUGAGGAAUUGAAAGAUGUGUUGAAGCAAGAAGUUUUGGAUUUGAAAGCAUCGAUUGGGAUUCCAGAUGAACAUAAAGAUCAGGAAAAUAUUGAUAAAAUGUAUUCGCGAAUCGGAAAUUUUGAAAAUCAAACAUAUUUGAGUUUGAUUCAAAAUUUAUUGAAAAUGAAUAGCGAAGAAACAUUUUUAAGAGUUGCUAGAAGAGAAGGCAUCACAUAUCUGGGAUCAACAAUGGGUUUCAAUGCCCAUUAUUAUAAACCUAAUCAUCGAACAAGUAAUUUAUUUUAUUUUUUUUUAUUUUCAUAUCUCAUAAAUACUUAUUGCAGCCAUCGGUCCACUUCUCCUCAACUUCCCAUUAAUCGAUAGAAAUUUGCCGGAAUGGAAUCAUAUUGCAACACUUGGUUACCUUUUAGGACAUGAAAUUGGACACGCUUUCGAUGCGAAUGAUUUUUUUAUAAAUCAAAUGAGAAAUGGUAUUGAGAUGUCAGCAAAAAUGGAGGAAAUAUUCGAAGAUCGUGUUGAUUGCAUUAUUCAAAAAUAUGACAAAUAUCAAUUUCCGGAUGGAAGUUUUGUGAGUUUCAACAUUUUUUGGUUUUGAAUUCAGGCCUGUUCCGGAAAAUCGAAACCCGGAAAACGGAAAGUCGGAAAAUUUCCGGAUUUUUUGAACCGGAAAAUUAUUCAAAGUCUGAAUUGCGAUUUUCAGCCUUUUUUCAAGGUCUUAAAUUUUGAAUUUCAGCCUUAAGUUGGCACUAAAACUUAUUCUUAUCGACAAUUCUUCUAUUCACAAGUAAUUUAGUAACUAUUUCAGACGUUUUACGUUCGAAAAUAGUAAAAUUUGAACAAUUGAAAAAAAACAUUCCAAAGUUUUCAUUUUUUUCUAUCAUAAACUGAAAAAAUUUCCCAAAAUUUAGGCAAUUUUAAAAAUAUUACUACUAAAGAUCAUUUUCCGGAUUUUCCGAGCACAUUUUCGGGAAAACCGGAAAAUUGAUUUUUCCUUGAAAAACCCGGAAAAUCCGGAAAUUCGGAAAAUUUCCGGCACAGGCCUGUUUUGAAUACAAAUAAAUUUUCAGUCAAGUGGAACUCGCACACAAACCGAAGAUUCUGCAGAUAUGAUUGGAUUCAAUUUGGCUUAUAGAUUAUUCAAGAAAUUAAAUGACACUGAAAAACUGCCAAGUUUUGAAAAAUAUACCUUUGAACAGCAAUAUUUUCACAGAUUGGGUUAUGUAAGUUUGGCUAGAGCCAGUAAAAAUUAAAGCAAGAGGUUUUCAGAUUAGGUGUUUCGCUGAAAUGAAUAAUCAAACCAUCCUUCUUGCACAGGCUGAUACUCACAGUGCCCAUAAAUUUCGUGUAAAUGGAAUGAUGUCAAAUUCUGAAGAAUUUGCGAAAGCUUUCAAUUGCCCGAAAAAUAGUGCGAUGAAUCCCGAAAAGAAAUGUCCACUUUUCAAAUAA